CCGCCCGCGUUUCGUCGAGGGGAGUUAAUCGAGCGCACACUUGUCCGAACAACCCCGGAGCGGUGACAGGCAGCCCAGCUAGCCUGCUAACAGGUAAAGGCACACGUCUAGUUGGGUGAUGGCGGAGAACAGCGGCAGCAUCAACGUCAAUCCGGGCAACCUGCCUCCGGGAGAUCCGCAGCUCAUCGCUAUGAUCGUGGAGCACCUGAAGAACCGGGGGCUGUUUGAUGAAUUCCGUCGGGACUGUUUAGCCGACGUCGACACGAAGCCCGCCUACCAGAACCUGCGGCAGAAAGUUGACAACUUUGUGUCUUCGCACCUGAGCUCGCAGGACUGGAAGCCGUCCAUCAACAAGAACCAGAUGAGGAACGGACUCAGACAAAGUGUCGUUCAAUCAGGUAUGCUGGAGUCUGGUGUGGACAGAAUUAUAACUCAGGUCGUGGACCCCAAGAUGAACCACACUUUUAGGCCUCAAAUAGAGACCGCCAUUCAUGAAUUCCUCUCCUUGGACAGGAAGGAGGAGAGCACCUCAAGUCUGAAUCCUGCGCCGUCUGAGCCGACAGAAACACAGGAGCCUCCUAGUGUCUCUGGCCCCAAAACCCCCAAAAAAAAGAUGAUGGUAAACGUGUUCGCUGUGAUGUUCCUACUGCUGGGCUGCAAUCAGCUGCUGGCCAUGGAGCUGCAUGAUCAUACCCUGGAGAAACAAGGGAGCCAAGUCAAAAAGCGCCUCUCCCUGCAGAGCACAGCCGAAAUUCAGAGCUGCCUGGUGAGUUCAGGCGACGUCGGCUGUGGGAUGUUUCAGUGCUUCACCAAUAACUCCUGUGAGAUCCAGGGCCUUCACCACAUAUGCCUGACUCUGCUGCACAACGCGGGACGCUACGACUCCCAGGGUAAAUCCUACGUGAAGGACGCACUCCGCUGCAUGGCGUUGGGACUGCGGCAGCGUUUCAGCUGCGUGAGCCGGCGGUGCUCUGCGGUGAAAGAGAUGGUGUUGUCGCUCCAGCGAGAGUGCUACUCCAAACACAACCUCUGCCUCGCCGUGCAGGAUCACCUGGACACCAUGGGGAACCUGGUCCAGUUCCAGCUCAUGUUUCCUGCAGGGCCGUACGUGGAACUGAUGAACUUCCUGUUGAAGUGCGGAGACGACAUCAGGACCUGGGUCGGACGCCGACUGCGGGGGCAGUGUGAGCAGCACUGGGGGUCGCUCUGCGGCACCUUCACAAAAAUCUGCCCCCUCAGCCAGCCCGAUGUUCCGGGGCCUCCGGCCGGUCCCCCGCCCUCUGUCCCUGGACCCGUCACCCCCACAGGCCCCCUGCAGCAGCCAACCAGAGAGGUGGAACUAGAGGACGUGACCCGGGACAGGCUGAUGGACAAUGCCACCAAAUCUGAUCUCUCGGUAUCCUGAACUUUCUUGCGUCGAAUGUGUUACACAGGGUACACGAACAUUAAGCACUUAUAUUUACCGGUAGAACAUGUAAAAGAUGUAGUGCUAGGAGAGCUUUCUGUCUACUGUUGCCAGUGAAAGUAAUGCGGCAAUAUUUAUUCAGCGUGUGGGUGUUUUUGUUUCGUGUAGAUUUAUAUUUUCGUCUCGACACGUACAGGAUGAAAAGCCACCAAUCUACCUCACAUCGAUGACAUUUCGUCAGAGUGGCGCUCUUACGACACGUUAGCACAGUGAAAAGCUUGUUUUCAGCUCAUGUGUGGCUGAUAAGAAUUCAACAUUUUUAAGUCUGUUUUUGGUGUUUUUGGAUUGUCAUAUUAUUAAGCUUCAACAAUCAGCAGUGAUGAGAUGUUUUUUUUUUCUCAUGAACAUUACAUUUACGUUAAUCCUACAAACUUUCUCAAGCACUCGUAUCUUUUUUUUUUUCAAUUGUUUUGCUCAGGCCAUUUGCUUUAUUUCUGCAAUAGAUUCACAAAGCAGAUGGCUCCAAAUACACGUAGAUGCAAAGAUGCCCAGAAGGUCCAGCAGUCUGGAGCAAUUUGCAGCGGUUUUUGCGUCAGUCGGAGUUGUCUGGCAUGGUGGUGCAGAAGUGUUAUGAGAUCCAUAAACAAUGUUUUAUUUUCUAUUAAGCUACCCGAGGACUCAAAACUUUAAAAACAACAUCUGACUGGAGGAAUCCUGUCAGAACGGUGUUUCCACAUGUUGCACUUGUUGAAAUAAUAAAUCCCCAAUCACAAACUUUGGAUUCCUUAUUUUUAAUAAAACAACCACAGGAUUUAAAAACAAUUUCAAUAAAAAA